GUGGCAUAGGCUACAAUGUAUCGUGUGUAGUCACAGCUGCACGGAAGUUACGUUUGAAUAUUUUUGAUGCGGCGUCAGAAGUGAAAUGAAACUAAUGUGUGCUCAUGAGUUAGAGUUGAAGAUCAUUUUUCACUCUUCCGAAUUGUAAAUCAACAAGUAAGCAACUUUGGACGCCGAAGAGACGCGGAAAGGAUGAGCCCUGGCAUCAAAGAGACAAACGGCCUGAGUCUCCCUGAAGCAUACAAGGCCAGCUUGGAGCAGCACAUUGAACAGGGAGGCUGGAGCCUGAUCUGUCGAGAUGAGGAGCUCUGCAAGCACAUUGAGGACAUCCUCAUGGGACAGAGCUCCGAUGACUGCUACCUCACCCACGGCCUGGACGUGCUCUCGUUCAUGGAGGAGUCACUCCGCUGCCCAGCCACAGCCAGGGCUGGACUGAAGGGGCUGGCCAGGGCUUUUGAGGUGCUGGAACUUGCCUCUCUCAACCUCUACCUGUAUCCGUGGAGGAAGGAGUACAGAAUAAUCAAGACCUACUCUGGCAUGUUCACACACCAUGUCAGGCCAGCUUUGUCCAUGGAGCAGGUGGAAGAGCUGUUCGGUCUGCUGGGCUACCGUGUCUCAGUUGGGGCCAGUGGAGAGUGGGAGCUGUGCCUGGGCACAUCACCCGUGCGGCCAGACGAUCUUCUUAGCCUGGCCUGCAGCUUCUUCACCGCCCGCUGUGAGUGCCAGCUGCUGCUCUCUACGCUGGAGUCCCUGAGUCGGCCCCAGUUGCGGGCGUCUGAGUGGGAGCUGAGGCUGGUGCAGGAGAGACGCAGAGGCCCCAGCCUCCAGGUGGCGCUGCAGAGUGUCCAGAGAAGCCUGGGAGUCCACAUGCGGUCUAUCAAGGAGGUCUGCUGCGACGCUUCAGAAGUGGAUGAGGACUUGUACACAGGAGAGGGAGAUGGUGGAUCCAGAAGUCCCGAGGCUGUGGGGGUGACCGUUCAAUCCGAAGGUUCCCGCCGCCAUCUCAAACAGGCCCACAGCAGCCCUGUGCUCUGCACCGGUGAGGCGCCUUCGCAGACACGUCUGUGUAGGUCCACCCUGAACUACCGGCUCUCCUCCCCAUCUUCGCCAGGUGGAGGGGCCAGGCCUGAGCCAACCAGCCCAUUUGAGGAGCAGACGUUUCAGAGUACCGACAGUGCCACACCCGGUGUUUCUCAAAAGCCCCUAGAGGUGUGUAGCUGUGUGGAGUCUGGAAACCGCUACAACUGCUUGUGUCAACAGUGCAAUAUUCUCCAUUGCACGUCCUGUGCUGUCCUCGACUACUGCCGAGAUCGAGGACACGACAUAUCCUUCAGCACUGAGGCAUUCUUGCCAGAGGCAGCCGAAAGUGAGACAAAACAUAUCAAACUCAUGAGUCCUAAGGACAAGCGCUCCCCACCUGGGUUUCCAGAAAGGCACUUUUGUCUAGAGGGCACAGAUAAACCGCAUGUCACCUGCCGCACUUGCCGACGUGCCCACGACUGCCUGUGCGAGGAUGGGCAACGCUGUGCCCAGGAAAACCACGACGUGGAGUACCAGCUGGAGCCCAACAAGUCCAUGCCUUUCCAUCAGUGCUGCACCUCUACCUGGACCCAUCCCCAGUUCGCCUGCCUAAAUUGCCAGAUCUUUCAUUCUGCCUCCUGCCUCGACGGAGCUUCCUGUAAACGGAAAACACACAGUGUGCGCGAACUGAGGGAUGUGUGUGAGUUGUGCUCUCUCGCUACUGAGUUUCUGUGCAGGCACUGCUGUGCCCAAUUCUGCAAAGAGUGCUGGUAUAAGAGCCCUUUGCAAUGUCUCUGUGGAAACCCCUUUGACUACCCGGGUUCUCCGGUGUGACUGGUUGUUUAAAUGGCUGUACCAGUCUUCUCCAGCACAGUGGCCUGUGCAUCUUCACCUUUAUCAAUGCUGCCUUUGAAGUAUUCCUCAAACUAUAGGAAGUCUCACAGGGAAGAUUAGAGGACUGGAUAAAAGGAAACCAGUUUGAACUUUUCAAGCACUUUUACACCCAUAUAUACCAAAGUGAUACUAACUUGUUUUGGAUGUGUAUGUUUAUAUAUUUUCUUCUUUCACAUUUAUUAGUGUUUCUUGCAGGCUACAUUUCUAAGACAUUCUCUGAAGUAUGUAGUGAAAACCUCUUUUGUCUUCCAAAGAUUUGUGAUAUCAACAGGGGGCUGUGGGUGAUAGUUUCACUUAAAAUUUAAAAUCCAUUAAAUUGAAAGAGAGAACUAAGGAGCAAGAUGGUUUGUGGUGGGGGUUAGAAACAUACAUUGUUACUAGAUGCAGAAUGAUACCUGUAUUUUUUUUCCUGGUGCUUGUAAGGAAAAUAUCUGAGUAUGGAUUUGAUGUAUUUUCAUCCCAUUCUUUUGGAGAUCUCACUGGGUAAAGAAAGGUCUUCUAGACUCUUAAAAGCCA